AGCCCUCUAUGACACGUCUUUCUAGCGAUAGACUCUCUCCAUCCAACCCGAACGAGCUCGCCUCUCUUCUUCUAUGGGAGAUUCCGGCGUCUCCCUCACCUCCGCCGCCGGAAAUUCCCUCCCUCCGCCGCUACCCGCCGCUCAUCUCCGUCGACCGCCUUCUUCCUAUCGACUUCUUACCGGCCUCCGCCCUUACUAGGGUCUCAAAUUCCUCGCCCGUUCACCUUUUCCUGAGGAAAUUUAGGGUUUUGAGGACCUUAGCUUUCCGGCGAGCAAGCUCUGCCACGAUCUUAAAAGGUACCUCUUCUUCGUAGGUUUGUAGGGAUACAUAUAUUGCAUAAGCAAUGAAGAGGCUGAGAUCGUACGUUGAAGACGCCGACGAGGACGUCGGGGAGAAGGGGGUUUUCAAGGACUGGCAGAGACGGGAUCAGGAUCCUGAGCGAUCGUCCUCGCAUCGCCGGUUCUAUUCGAAGACUGACAGUUUGCGGAAAAGCUCGUCGUUGUCGUCGUAUGAUCGAGCUCUGGAUGAUGAUCGGGAGUCGUUCAGGUCUCGUCGGAAGAGGUUCGAUCAUGAAGUAGUCGGAUUUGAUCGGCGGAAGGCGUUUGAUCGGUACCGGGACACCGGCGACCGGCCGAUGCAGGUCUCGCCCUCUCCGCGGGGGUUGUAUGGCAGUGACCGACUGCACCGCUUGGAGAGCUUCUCCGGGCUGAGGAGGGAGUUUCCGAAGGGGUUCAGAGCGGAGAGGGACCGCUCACGGCGGGAGGGGAGCAGCGGUUCGUCGUGGCGGAGAUUGACCAGUGGGAAGGAGAGGGACGCUGCGGCUGAUGAGGAGAGGAGAUCGCCAGCUAUGGAUUCGGAUUCGGCGGGGAGAGGAGGAAACCAUGCCCCUCCACAGGAAGAUCGUGGAGGGAAGGCGAGGUCCUCGAGUGGGGAGCAGUCUAGGACAAAUGAGAUAGCAAAGGCAGGGAAGCCACACACAGAGAGCUGCAGCAGUAGUGAGAUGGAAGAGGGAGAGCUCGAACCAGAUCCAGAACCAGAAGCUGAGCCUGUUGUUGAAUCUUCCCAUGAUACAAAGAUGCCAGUUCAAAUUGAAUCAGAAAAUUGUAUGGAUAGAGAAUCUGAAUGUACUAGUUUGUCGGAGAAGAAAGAAAUCGUAGCUAGUGAAAACAAGAAAGAGUUUGAUGCUGGGGUUGAUAGUGAUGGAAAGGAAGAAGGGAAGGCAACUGAAGUGCCAAUCGAUGAAGUUAAUGCGGCUGAGGCAAUGGAUGAAGUAAAUGUAGCCGAGCAGGCUCUAGAUAACCAGCAUGACUCGGUUAAGGAAGUUGAAGAGAAGAAAAGCGAGGAGGGAGGAGGAGAAGGAAAAGCGAACAACGUUGAUGAUCAUAAAGUAGAAGGUAGAUUAUGUAGAGAGGAACAAAGACUCCUUCAGGAAGACAUUUCCUUACCUUCCCAGGGCCUGGAAAUUGAAGGCUUUGAUUCAGAGCAGGUGGGCAAAAUGGAAGGGGAAGGGAAAGGAGCAAUUUCUUCUAUUUUCUCUCCUCCAAAAAAUGGAACGGAGGAGGAUAAGGGAGAAAGACAAGGGGUGGUAGCUGAAACUGAGGACAGAAAGAAAGAAGAGGCAGUCAGAAACCUUGAGGUUGUGCAGAAAGGAAGAGAUAUCGAUCUUGAGGAAGCACCUGAAGGUGUUCUUGGCAUGUUUGAUUCGAGUAAGAAAGUUAUUGGGGAGAGUAUCCAGGAUGAAGUAACUCUGGAGCUGAUGACAGACAAGCUGAAGGAGAAUUACAAGGACAAGGGCAAAAGCAUAGCAAUUUCUAUAUCUAGCAAAGCAAAUUCUGUUGAAGAUGAUGAUGCCAUGGAAGGUCCCAACAGAAGGGGCUUUGAGCUGGUCUUCCAUUCUGAUGUUAGUCGACCAGAGAAAAUACAUUGUGGUGGGGUGGUUAUGGGCAAGCAUAAAGAUGACAAGCUCAAAAUGGAGCCUCUUGAUCUUUCUCUUAGCUUGCCAGGUGUUUUGUCAGAUCAUACAUUGAAACAUCCAAACCCAAAACCUGAUCCUCCUAGCCAUGGAAUAAGCAUCCAGUCUUUGCCAUCCUCUUUGCAAGCAAACUCUGAUGGGUUUACAACUUCAAUAUCAUUCACGAGUUCUCAGCCAUUUGUUCAUAAUCCUAGUUGUUCUCUCACACAGAAUUCAAUGGAUAAUUAUGAACAGUCAGUUGGUAGCCAUCCUAUAGUUCAAGGAAUGGAUCAGGUUUCUAAUGGUAACAUAUGGCAUGCUCAGGCUUCGAAUGAGACUAAACGGAAGGGAGGAGCUGUGCCACUCUUCCAGAGAAUGCUUCUGAAUGGUAAUGCUUCACAGAAUUCACUAAGUUCUUUGAACAGGCAGCAUCAAGUGAAGCAGAAUGGCCUCUCACAGCAGUCAAGUUUUCCAAGAGAGUUGUCCUCUGCACAUAGGCAUGGCUCUCACAAUUCUAGGUCAGAACACAGAAAGGAUAAGAGGGCUCUCACAAGAGAGAGAAGCAGCAGUAGCCUUUUUAGGAGUGAGCAACAGGAAGGUGAACACCUUGCCCUUAAUGGUUCUGGUGUCAUUGAGAGCAUUGUCUCCAAAAUUGUGGGAGAACCGUUACAUCUAAUGGGCAGGAUGCUUCAAGGAAUGACAGAGCACUCCAUAGCAUCCCUAAGAGAAACCAUUUGUGAGAUGAUUACUAGUGCAGAUAAAAGUGGGCAGAUACAUGCAUUUCAGGAGGCUCUUCAGAGGAGGCCUGACCUGACUAUGGAAACACUGUCGAAAUGCCCUCGUAUCCUGCUAGAGAUCUUGGUGGCUAUAAAAACAGGUAUUCCAGAUUUCAUUCGGAGGGUGAUUAACAUUCCAUCAUCUGAUUUUGUUGAGAUCUUUUUGAAUAUGAAGUGCCGCAAUCUCGCUUGCCAGAGUAUGUUACCUGUGGAUGAUUGUGACUGCAAGAUUUGUGUGCAGAAAAAUGGCUUCUGCAGUGCAUGCAUGUGUCUUGUGUGCUCCAAGUUUGACAAUGCAUCUAAUACCUGUAGCUGGGUGGGCUGUGAUAUCUGCCUCCACUGGUGCCACACAGAAUGUGGGCUGCAUGAUUCUUAUAUUAGAAAUGGCCGAAGUUCUUCAGGAGCACAAGAGAUAACUGAGAUGCAGUUUCACUGCGUUGCUUGUGACCAUCGUUCUGAGAUGUUUGGAUUUGUGAAGGAAGUUUUUAAAACAUGUGCCAAGGACUGGAAAGAAGAAACUCUUGCCAAGGAACUUCAGUACGUAAGGAGGAUCUUUUCUGCGAGUAAUGAUGUGAGGGGUAGAAAAUUGCAUGAUGUAGCUGAGCAGAUGCUGGUGAGACUGGAAGAUAAAGUCAAUUAUUCUGAAGUUAUCAAUUAUGUAAUGACAUUUCUUUCUGAGAGUGGGCAUAAUGUCGGUAGUAGUCCUUCAAUAUCUCUUCCAAAGGAGCCAUCUAGAAACAAGGCUGAAGGAGGCAAUGGGAUAGCUGGUUCAAGCAAAGAAAAAACAUGGGUGCCAUCCAUUUCCCCAGAGAAAGUCCCCCAUGUGGAAACUGCAGGUCUUCUUUCUGCUGUAGAUCGUGAACGAGUAGAUCAGCAGACUAGGGUUUCAGAAUUACAAAUAAACAUCGAGAAGAAGCCAGUUAUUGAUGAACUGGAGAGUGUUAUAAAGUUCAAGCAGGCUGAGGCAAAAAUGUACCAAGAACGUGCUGAUGAUGCAAGAAAACAAGCGGAGAGCCUAAAACGCAUAGCAAUAGCCAAGAAUGUUAAAAUAGAGGAAGAUUAUGCUGGUCGAAUUGCAAAAUUACGAUUGGGUGAGGCAGAGGAAACGCGUAGACAAAAACUUGAAGAAGUACAAGUUAUUGAAAGGGCACACCUUGAGUACUUCAAUAUGAAGAUGAGGAUGGAAGCUGAUAUAAAAGAUCUGUUGUUGAAAAUGGAAGCUACAAAGCACAACUUCAAUACAUGAUGGAGUCUUAAAACAAGUGUUUUCAACUGGGCAUCCAUAUCAUAAUUUACUGCAUUUGUAGGACAGCCACAUGAAUAGGUACUUCAUAUGAAAAUUUUAACUCUUACAUUUUUCCUCUCCAUGUAUCACCCUCUUGAAGUUGUUAAAUUUGGAUGGUGUAAAAUUAGCUUCUAAGUGUAGAAUUUUCCUUUUCCACCUUUUGUCUAGCUAACUGGAUUAUGUACAGAGAAACGUGCUCCACCUAUGUGUGUGAUCAUUGGUUUCCUUUAUGACAAAUGAAAGGGAAAUAGGCUCACAUUUAUUUUAUGUUUUGUCAA